UGAAACUGAAAAUCAGCUUUUUUCCCCUUCUGGAUGUUGCUGCAAACAAAAAGGUUUUGAUCUACAUUAACCAGGUGUAAGCAGAAAUUAGAAAGAACAUGGAAAACGAUCAAAUGUCAGAAAAUGGAAAUUCCUCCUCCAGGUCAUCUGUUUCACAUUUCUUUUCCGUACCUAAGCUCACAGGUACAGACAUGUACCAUGCUUUCAUAAGCUUCAGUGGAGCAGACUCGGUAUGGGUGCAUCAGCUUAUCCGCAAGCUGGAGGCUACAUUUCCAAACCUUAUAAUCUGUACUCACGAUCGGGACUUCACUGCCGGAAAGACCAUCAUAGAAAACAUGACUGAGUGCAUUCAGAGCAGUCAAAAAAUUCUUAUGGUGAUGAGCCCAGAUUUUGUGCACAGUCGGUGGUGUCUCUUUGAAGCCAACCUCUCUAUGUUCCAGGACUGUAUGUCUCAUAAAGUCAUUGUUCCCGUCAUGCUCAAGCCAUGUCCAAUGCCCCUUUAUCUCAGCCACUUAACUUACUUAGAAGUUGAAGAUGAGCAGUUCUUUGAAAAACUGUGCAACAGGCUGCUGAGGAACAACGCUAAAGAAACCGAAGAUGUCUUGGUUCACUUCCAGUCAUCCAUACUAUAUGGUGGGAAGCAGCUGCUAUCUCUGGCAGCUGUAAAUGAAAACGAUGAUGACGUCGGUAAUGGAGUUUUCUCUGACACUUGUGUGCCGGACUCUCUCAAAGCAGUCGUGAAAGAUCCUGAAAUAUUCAAGAAAGCCAUUCGACUGAUAAACAAUACUCCAACUGAUUUUUUUAACUCAAAAUUGAUUUAUAUCUGUAUAGCAAUUUGCAUUUUUCUUAUAAUUUGUCUUUCUCUGCCUACAUUUAUAUUAGCAUGUGUUACCCAAAAUUGGUUUCCCUUUCUGCACUUACCAAUGAGUUUUAUUCCAGUAGGUUUUGCAUCGUAUAAAAUGGAAUAUUGGAAAAAGUUUAGGCUUGAGAAGGUUAUCCAGAACAUGAGCAGAAGUACUGAAGAGCGUGCUGUUCCGGGGAUUUUGCUGGAUGAGGACUGAUGCUACACACAGGAUCUGAACUAUAGCGACCCCAUCGCGAUUUUAUAUAUCAUAUACUGCAGGCGUAUGGAAUGUAUCUGGAUCUUGUGGAUGACCCUCCUGAGUCUGUGAUAUGGUUGGUCUGUAUGUGUGAGAGGAGAACCCUUUUUGGGCUAUGGUAGAUCGACAGGGUUGACAGAGGUGGGAUCUGUUGGGAUAUAUGGAUUCCGCACUCUUUUCCUUGUAUUGUGGGGACGGCUCUUGCUUAAUGGCGUGCGGAUGUCCUUCACUGCGAUCAACAUCUAUAUGUGCCCUCUGAUUAUAUUGCAUGUAUGAGACUGACUGUAUCUGGGUGGGUCGAGCUGAGGUGGAGCCGAGGCGCAAAGUGUCCUGGCUCAUUUGGGCACCGACCACUUUUAAGAUGGCGGAGAGACAGGAGUUACGAUUUCUGUGCAUUCUCCAUGGAUAGUCAUGUGACUCAGUGACGUGGAUGUUGUGUAUACGUUCCGGAGCAUGCGCCUUGCUGUGUACUACACGCCAACGCCGCCAUGGAUGCAAGAUGGGGAUCGCGAUAUGUUUGGUCAGUGUGUAGACAUGCGGUACCUGUAUCCCCCUGGGAACAGCUAUGCUUCAUUUUUUGCACAUGUGCACUUUCAUCCUAUUGACUCUUGGUUUACUUCACUUUAUACAAGAAUGGGAUUUUUUAAGGUAAGUAAUGAGACACAACUAUGUAUUGGAUUUUUAUCAUGUAUUUUACACAAUAAUCAUGUAUAUUAUGUAUUUUGACACAAUAAUCAUGCAAAUUUUUUAUGUAUGUUUAUUUUACAUGAAUUGUACACAAAGUGUUAAUUGUAUGGAACUUGUUGAUCAUGUGACAUUAUGAUGUAAUCACUGUUGGGUAUAUAUUGUUCACAUUUCCCUGUUUACCAU